AACACACACUGUAGUUCCAGUCACAGACACAGUCACACAUAAGGAAACGCCUCCCUCCCUCUCUCUGUGUCUAUGGGAAGAGAUGCUGGAUAGAGGAGAGGCAGACAGAGAACUCAUAAUUGCUGCUGCCAGUCUCCCUCGCUUCCCGGUUACACACGGAAACCAAGCCGUGAUUCUGAGAGGGGACAGCGAGGCAAAGAGGAGGAGCUGCUUCCAUCUGAUCGGCUGUGAGAGAGCGGAGCGGCUGCGAAGACUUUUUGCAGGGAGGGGAUGUGAAGUCCCAACUGCCACUGUCACCCUGGGCUUGCAGAGCCGCUCAUCUUCGCUUCUGGCCAAUGAGAGGGGUACACUGACUCCUUCGGAUCGUACCACGGCACACAAGGGGACCCCAACUCUUCUCUUAGUCUGUGAGCAGCCAAAACAGCAGGAACACCCCUCUGACUCGGAUGGAUUCGCCUGGGGAAAGUUACUGACCGGGGGACCACUACUUGUUUUAUUCAUGCGGAAGGGACAGUGAACUUGGCUGUUCCCUCGAUGGUCCGUGCUCACAAAGUAUGUGACACAGGUGCGCGCCCGCAACCUUUUCCGACUUCUCCCGACCUGUUGCAGGUGCAUCUCCGCUGUGCGACUCGGAUGCCUCUCUUGGAGUUUCCUCUGUAGCAAUGGGCACGAAGCAGACCAAGGUGUGCCAAGCUUCUGCUGGAGACAGUCCUCCGCAAGCCCCGGGCUCCCGGAAGGGCACUCCGGCAAGGGAACGUGGCGACUUCUGGCCUUCUUUUAGCCUGAGGUCUAGUGAGAAAGUUGGCAAGAGCGGAGCUGCGAGUCUCCCUCCUUAUCACAGAAGGGUCAGGAUGAUUCAGGACAUGAUGGCGCUGGUCAGACAGGGGAAGCAGGAAGAAGCAAUGGAAGUGCUCAGGCACCUGCGCCAGGAUCUGGGAAUGGAGUCUACCUCACUCGACGAUGUCUUGUACAGAUACGCUAGCUUCCGGAACUUGGUAGAUCCCAUUACUCAUGACUUGAUAAUAAGCCUGGCCAGAUAUGUCCACUGUCCCAAACCGGAAGGGGAUUCACUUGGAGCCAUGGAAAAAGUAUGCAGGCAGCUGACUUACCAUCUGAGCCCUCACUCUCAGUGGAGAAGACAAGACAUUGUGAAACGGAAGCCACAAGCCUGCUUGAAAGUUAUUUUGUCUGGGAGGCCCCAUGAAGGCACCAUGGAUAUUUCUGGGAUUACGCUCAACACGAAAGAUCUGGAACGUGUGAUACUAUAUCUCCAGUCCAACUCAGAGUAUGUGGAGAACGCGGAACUCUGUUUCACUGAACUCACGGACGAAAUGUUUCUCCAGUUAAUGCCUGUUCUUAGUUCCCUCCCGCAACUCUCCACCCUAUCUCUCAAUGGAAACCGUUUGACAAAAGCCAUCCUGAGGGAAUUGACUGAAGCUCUGAAAGAUCCCAAAAAGUUUGCUAGUAUGACUUGGAUUGACCUCGGAAAUAAUGUGGACAUAUUCUCCCUUCCUCAGCCCUUUUUAGUAAGCCUCAAGAAGCGCUGCCCCAAGCAGGGACAUUUGCCAACAAUUCUAGAAUUUGGAGAGGGACAGCUCAAUGAACUGGAGAACCAGGAUGGGUCAGCAGAGAACCAAGAAUAUCAAAUUGCAGUUGGAGAGUGUGAACAGAGCUCAGAACCAGAAAGCUAGCCAAAUGCUUCAUAAUGUACAUAUGUAAUAUUAUACUGUAGCUGCUGAGGUCCAAAUAGGGUAAAGUCUAUUUUAUAAAGCUAUUUCGCCAGACUAUUUGUAUAUAAACCACCUCCAAAAUGUGAUUAUUUUUCAAGGUGUUCUUAACACCUGGGAUUACUCUAAUCUUUUCCUUUGCAGCUGUUUUGAUAAAUGUAAUGUUUUCCUAAAGAGUUCUACAACAGUGGUAGGAAAACCCUGGCUUGUUAGGAGCAAUAGGAGUUGUAACUUAGCAGGAGUUAUUAAGUAGGGGCCUCAGACUGCUCAAUAGGUCGGACAACCAGCACAUUUCGGUUUUUCCAAAAGUUAAGUAUUGGCUUGGAAGAAUUCAGGACAAGGAUGUCCAACCUGUGGCCCCAAAGCUACUCUUCAACUACAAAGCGAAGUGCCAGUUGUAAUUCAGCUAUAGAUAGAGAAAGCGGAAGUAUAGAGAACCCCAAACAUCUUCCUUCUAUUAAAUGAUUUUUUUAUAUGAAUGCAAAUAAACUCCUACAUAGCAGAGUGCAUUUCUAUUGUGUUACAGGAGAAAAUGAAAAUCAAAUCAUUGAAUGAUUUCACAGCAUCUUUUGUAAUAUCUUCUGAAAUCUUUUGAAAUGCGAUGUAUGCAUGGGAUUUUUCUCCCCCAAAAUCUUCUCUUAUUUCUGAGGAUUUUCACUUUUUCUGCAGUUGCAACCUCUGAGUUAACUUUGUAUACAUCUUCUCAUGUAUUUAAACUAAAAGAACGUCAGUGGCUGUGAUCAUGAAAAUAGAAUUUGAAUAAUUCGCAAAUAGAUGAAGAACCUGGCCCACUAAGGAACGUAUUUAUCAGUCUGUGUAAAACAGUGGAGAAAAACAUCAGAUCUUUGUUUUUGUUUUCUAACUUGUAGGUUAAUUGCAGUUUAAGACAUGAGUUGCAACUGCAAGGGGACGAUGCACCUGACACUAUUGCAUUGUGCAGUGCACACAAUUGCAGUAGGACCCAAAUCAAAUGCAGUUGUGCAGAACAUUAGCAGAUGCUGAGACUGUGUCAAAAUGUUGCCUGUGUUCGAUUUUUUUAGACACAAUUAUGCACUUUUAGCUCAAUUCACGCCUUUGGAUGUCUUUUUGAAACCCUCGAAUGCACUUGCAGAUGUAAAUGCACCCUUAUGUGUGUCAGAUGCUUUACUUAAAUCUGUUAUAUCAUUAUAUAUAUUUGUCCAGUGUUAGAGAAUGAGCCCAACUGUGUUGCCUUACUGAUACAGUCAUAUGAAAAAGUUUGGGAACCCCUCUUAAUUCUUUGGAGUUUUGUUUAUCAUUGACUGAGCUUUCAGGAAGUAGUGACUUCCUUUUAAUAUAUAACAUGCCUUUAUUUGUUGAUAUUGGGUUGAAUUCAUCCGACCCUCGACUUUAACAAGGACCCCAGUCCCUGAACUAGCCACAC